GCGCGCUUGUGUUUCGCAAGCAAGAUCCGUCAGUCGACGGGCGAGCCUCAUGCAUCGGAAAGCCGUGUACGUGGCCGCGACGCGCCAGCACGUUGGCAAGACGAGCACCUGCCUCGGGCUGCUCCAGGGCCUUACCAACCGCUUCGAGAACAUUGGCUACAUCAAGCCCGUCGGCCAGCAGUCCGUGCUCGUGUCCGGAAACCUCCGCGUCGACAGGGACGUCCGCGUCGCCAAAGAGGUCUUCAACCUCAAGAACUGCGACUACGCCGACAUGAGCCCCGUCGUCAUUCCGAGCGGCUACACACGCGAGUACCUCGACGGCAAAAUCUCGCUCGAGUCGCAGCUUGAGAAGAUUAGCUCGAGUUUCAACCGCAUCGCUGCCCGCAACGAUUUUACCGUCGUGGAAGGCACGGGGCACACGGGCGUCGGAUCGAUCGUCAACGUCAACAACGCCCGUGUCGCCGCCGAGCUCGGUCUGGACAUGAUCCUCAUUGCGAACGGUGGCAUUGGCUCUGCGUUUGACGACCUCGCGCUCAACCGGGUCAUGUGCAAGGAGUAUGGCGUCAAGAUUUGCGGUGUCAUUCUCAACAAAGUCCGCGCCGAUAAAAUGGACAUGAUGUGGGACUACUUCCCAAAGGCUCUCAAGCAGUGGGAUGUGCCCCUCCUCGGUGUCGUGCCCGACCUCCCACGCCUCGCGCAGCCGUCGAUGCUGGACUUCGAAGAGUUGUUUGGCACCAAGCUCCUGAGCGGCUCGAACCGCCGCAUGACGCAGUUCCGCAACAUCUCGCUCGUCACGUCGGGCUUGCGGCGCUUCCUCGUCAAGCUCUCGUCGCACGAGUUUAAUGACACGCUCUUCGUCACGCACGCGUCCCGGAACGACAUCAUCCUGGGGUUUCUCUCCCACAGCCAAAACUACGAGCUCAAGACAGGCCGCGAGUUUGGCGGCGGCUUGAUCCUCACGGGCCGCCCGCCCGUGGACCAGCCCCAAGACUACAUCAUGGAGAUCAUUUCUCGGUCGACGUCCCCCGUGUUGUAUGCACCGCUGACGACGUACCGCGCCAUGGACCUCAUGACGGGGUUUACAGCCAAGUUUAACGCGACGGACGUCGGAAAGGUCCUGACGUGUGCCAAGCACUAUGAGAACUUUGUCAAGUUUGACACUCUCCUGCAAUAAUAUGACACGUGAUGACGCGAA